GUUAAGAUGGCGGCCACCAAGCGGGUGCUGUACGUGGGCGGGCUGGCGGAGGAGGUGGACGAGAAGGUGCUGCACGCCGCCUUCAUCCCGUUCGGCGACAUCACCGACAUCCAGAUCCCGCUGGACUACGAGACCGAGAAGCACCGAGGUUUCGCCUUCGUGGAGUUCGAGCUGGCGGAGGAUGCAGCAGCAGCCAUUGACAACAUGAACGAGUCUGAGCUCUUUGGUCGGACAAUUCGAGUGAACUUGGCCAAACCAAUGCGAAUUAAAGAAGGAUCAUCUCGGCCAGUGUGGUCAGAUGAUGAGUGGCUGAAGAGGUUCUCAGGAAAGACUCUGGAGGAGAACACAGAGGAAGGAGGAACAGAGGCACCCAAAGCAGAGACACAGGAGGGUGAGCCUCCUGCCAAGAAGUCCCGGGCAAACCCCCAGGUUUACAUGGACAUCAAGAUCGGCAACAAACCUGCAGGGCGGCUCAAGAUCCUGCUGCGGUCCGACGUGGUGCCCAUGACCGUAGAAAACUUCCGCUGCCUCUGCACUCAGGAGAAAGGCUUCGGCUUCAAGGGGAGCAGCUUCCACCGCAUCAUCCCCCAGUUCAUGUGUCAAGCUGGGGACUUCACCAACCACAACGGCACUGGAGGAAAGUCCAUCUAUGGGAAGAAGUUUGAUGAUGAAAACUUCAUCCUGAAGCACACGGGGCCGGGUAGGGGCUGCUGUCCAUGGCAAACUCCGGCCCCAACACCAAUGGCUCGCAGUUCUUCAUCACCUGUGAUAAAACCGACUGGCUGGAUGGGAAGCACGUGGUGUUUGGGGAGGUGACGGAGGGCAUGGAUGUGGUGCGGCAGAUCGAGGCUCAGGGCACCAAGGACGGGAAGCCGAAGCAGAAGGUGAUCAUCUCCGACUGCGGGGAGUGCGUGUGAGCGCAGUGCUGCUGCCCAGCUGCCCCUGCCAGGUUUGGUGCCCCGUCCUGCAGCGGGCUGAGCGGGGAGGCGGCUGCUGCGGGCGCGUUGUGCCUGUGCUGCUUCCUGCUCCCACUGUCUGCCCCUCGCUUGGCAAAGACUUCCUAUAUUUCACAGAAAUAAUAAAACCGAGUGUUCGAAAAACAAA